AUCUUGAGAACACUUUUUUUACACAGUUGUUAAAACAGUCACAACGAGGAUGCCCCUUACCGGAACUGACAGGAACUACAUCUAUGCAGGGGAUACAACCCUUAGUUAUUCUGGUUUUCGCAGAUCUGAGAGAUAUCAAAACGGGGUCUACACCCUCAUUGCUUAAUAUACAUGAAUGAACAGGAUACUAGGUAUGUACAGUCCAUAAAUACAAGCACAUGGCAGGCCACCAAUGCCUCAAUUCACUGUUUUGGACAACGUCCAGCAGUUGAGACCGCUGCGAUGUCUGCUCAGUAAGCAGCGCAUGCGCGGCCGUGGCAAUCUGCAGCAUGUUGCACACAUCCCGCAGAUGCCCACCUGCAGCUUUAUGAUACAGGCACCCUCUUCUGUCCAGUUCUACUAUUCUACAAACGUCACCGCUUGGUGACAAAGUGAGACCCAAACGCACAGCAGCACCCGCCUCAAAUUUGCGCCAAAAACCACCAGUACUGUGGGAGAGCACACGAUGCAUCUGGGCCAUCUGCAGAGCUCUUCCCCGCUCCAAGCCCUGCGAAGAAAAGCUGACUACUGCAGCGCUCCAUUGUUAGUUUCCGCCGCUGCCGCACCGGCCGCCCAGCAGCGCAUAGAGAGCAGACGGCCAAAAAACCUCCCGCUUCACCUUGUGCCUUCACAUCUAUGGCUCCAUGCUUCCCUUAGACUCAGGACCAGAAAGUGUGAUGGCUGCAGCAUACCAUCAAUUGCCGGUGCUGCACCGG